ACUCCACAUUAACACCACUAAGCUAGAAAAAACCAAAAUCACCAUUUAGAUUCUCAAUAUUUCCAACCUAUCUAUCUCACCAUUAUGACCAAAUAUUCAAUCAGCUCAAUUAUCAUAUUCAUCUCUAUGCUCAUUGCAGGAGGUAAUGGAAUGAUAACAAUGAAUGGUCCAGAUAGUUGGUGUAUAGCAAAACCUUCAGCUAGUCUAGAAGAGCUGAAUUACAACCUUAUACAUGCUUGCAUUACCCAUAAUUGCUCCAUGAUUGAAAAAGGUGAAGAAUGUUACGAACCAGACACAUUAUACAGCCAUGCUUCUCGUGCCAUGAAUCGCUUCUAUGCAGAUCAUGGAAAAGAUGAAUUCUUCUGCAACGUGUUUUUUAGAAAUUCCGGUCUCAUUGUUCUUUCUGAUCCAAGUUAUGGAAGCUGCAAGUAUGAUUAGUGGGAAUGAUUUGAAAGAGAUAUAUAUCUUAGACUAGUGAAUAAAUAUUCUAAAAGACAAUAGAGUUGCCAGGAUAGUAUUUUAUUUAUUGUGAAAAUGAAAUUUGUUACGUAUAUAUGCCUUUGUGUUUCAUGAAGUGGUGGAUGAAACUUGUGCACCGUGAGAAUAUAAUUCGGGAUCUUUUGCUACCUAAGAAAGAAUCAUACCAUAGUUGCCAUCAAAUUUUAUUGUUUUUCAAAAAAAAAAAAAAAAAUUAUCAAUAAAACCAACAAUGAGAAGAUCUGGAUAAAGAGAUUUGUUAUGCAAGAGAAACGUAUUAGUACUCCUCUCAUCUGUGGUACUGCAUAUGAAUCUUUUGAAAAUAUGUGUUUUUAUGAUAAAGCGUUUGUUAGCAAAAGAGUGAAGAUAUGAGAAAAGAAAUGUUUUUUAUUUAUUUUUGUGCUCUCGUGCCUACAUAUCCUUCAUGUGAAGAAGUCAGAGCCUUGUAUGGACCAAGAGUCAGAGACUUCGAUGUGUAGAAGCAUAAACCACGAAGGUUUGUUAAUUGAUUUUAUUUUAUGAAAGAGGGG